CCUCAUGCUUUGUGGGUUACAAAUUAUGUACAAUGUUACAUUAUAGUUGAUAAACCUUAAUGUCAGUUCUAAUUUCUAUUGUUUAUAUGUUGAUUAUCUUCAUUUCUUUCUAGAAAAAAUAAAUGCAAAUUAAUUCGAAUAAAUUAUAUGAACGUAUGGUUUUAGUACAGGCGUUGAAUUCAAGAGGGCGCGAAAGCAAUUUUAGCUUCAACAUUUAGUCGAGACUGGCCCUACUACUUAUGUAUUGCAUUCUUGUUCUUGCUAUUUAGUAUACUGAAUAAUUGUAUAUAUCUCGAAAUUAUUAAGAUAACCUUAAACUUUUAAGUCUUUAAGUUAUCUUUCUUAGUUAAAUUGUGUUAUAAAUGUUUAAUUUUAAUUAAAAGCGAGACAAUGGAAGUUGGGGCAGUGAAACAGGCCUUUAAUAACGAGGUUAUUAAUUUAAAGAAGAAUUUAAAUCAAGCAAAAAUUCAUACAAUUCAUAAGUUAACCAGGAAAGCGAAAACUUUUACCGAAAGAAAAAUUCCAGAAGCUUUAAAAGGAAAACUUGAACGGAAAGCAAAAUCAGCUGUUAAUGAAGUCUUAAUAAUAAAGAAACUUAAGCCACGAGACAUUGCAAGAUUUACUUUAACUCAUUCAGGCAAACUCAGUGACUAUCUUAACAAAUCAGAAGUGGAUCAAAACAAAGCAUGUGCUAGACUUCUAUUACAUAAAGCCUUACAAGAGAAGUAUAAAAUGCUAAGAGAAAGAUUUGGAAAUCUUUCUAUUGAUGAUUUGCUGAUGUCAAGACAAGAACGUAAAAAGCUUAAAAAAGAUUUGAGAGAUAAACAAAAUGAAAAAAGAAAUGCUAAAAUAAAGAAAGAAACCAAAGUAGAAAAAGAAAUAGAAGACUUAGAUGGCUCCAAUUGUAUUCAACAAAGUUUGGAUGUAGAAAGUGUAAUGAAUGAUUGUAUAGACAAAGGUUCAGAACAUGAUAGUAGUGAUGAUUCGGAAAUCAGUGAAAAUGAAAAUAUUUCUAGUGGGCCAAAUUUAAUAUUUGAAGGUAUUUCUCACGCCCAUAUCCCACAUAGUGGCAAUAUGGAUGUAAAUAAUAUAGGGACGUUUAUCAGACCCCUGCCUGAUGAUUCAGAAAUUAGUAAAAUUGAAAAUAUUUCAAGUCAGCCUAAUCUGGUAUUUGAAGAAGGUAUGACUCACACCCAUAGCUCCAAUGAUAAUGAUAGUGAUGAUGGUAAAAUGGAUAUAACUAAUGAUGUAGGAAAGUUUAUCAGACCUCUACAGUAUGAUGAAGGCAGUAUUCAGAAUCCUCAAAAAAAUGAUUUAAUGAAAGGAGACAAGGUAAUCCCAGAAAAUACUAUCCCAAAAGUACAAGAUAGAAAACCAAAAUUAGAUGUUAAAAUAAGGAAGGUAGAUAAACGAAAGGACAAUAAAAAGAAAAAUAUCAAUGAGAAGAUUUUAAAUAGGAAUUUUAAGAAAAAAACUGAAGAUUUGCCACAAGUGGUAAAAGUGGUUGAUCCCUUCUUUGUAACAUCAACGGGUGAUAACUAUUUAUCUCUUGCUGAGCCCAGAGCACCAGACGAAAUUAAGGAUGUACAUAAGCAAGGGAAUAGACAGUAUAGAAGAGCUAUUAUGUUUGGACAUGUUCCUAAAAUCAAACCGAAAAAGAAUAAUUAUGAAAAGUUUAAUCAAAACAGUUCUAAAUUUAAGCAAAAUAGUUUUAAUAGCACAAGUGACAGUCAAUUUAAUAGAAAAGGUAAAUCAUUUAAUAAUACUGUUAAUGAAAGUAAUAAAAUUGAAGAAAAACCAGAGAAAUUACAUCCAUCGUGGGAAGCAAAGAAAAAACAUUCAUCUAUAUUACCUUUCCAAGGUAAGAAAAUUGUUUUUAAUGAUUAAUUUAAUAAUGUAUUUAUUUUAUUAUGAAUCAUAUAACACAUGAAAA